CCCGGCUCAGUGACGGUCUGACAGGAGGCCUAUCUCUCUCUCUCUCUCUCUCUCUCUCUCUGAUGCUAGCCUCAUCACUCAUUGAGCACAGUGCGCAUCUCUUGUGGCCUUGUCCAGUUUCAGUAUGGAGCCAUCGGGAAGUUCGACAGCAGCCUCAUUGAGCAACCACACCCAGAACUCAACUGGUAGUGGUGGCUGUCCAUGGGAGAUCAGCGAUAAGGUCAAACUGUGCAGAUUCCUCUGCUAUGCCUCUGAAGGAGACGUAUACACGGCCAGGGAGGAGGGUCGUGUCAUCAUGGAGAGCACUGAAACCCUCCUCUCCCUGCUGGAGCAGGGCCGGGGUGCUGAGGUGGUGGAGGAGAUCAAGAGGUUCGCUCAGGAUGACAGAGCUGUCAGACUCGACCCCUCCUUCUUUGCCUUGGCCUUGUGCUCUCAGUAUUCUGAGCUGAAGACGAGGCAGGCAGCAUUUAAAGCUGUAAAGGAAGUUUGUCGGAACCCUGCCCACCUGUUUUCUUUCAUUCAGUAUAAGAAGGAACUGAAAGAGGGCAUGAAGUGUGGGAUUUGGGGACGCGCCCUGAGGAAAGCAGUGUCUGACUGGUAUAAUGAGCAAGAUGCCAUGAGUCUGGCUGCAGCUGUGACCAAAUGUAAACAGAGGGAGGGAUGGACGCACCAGGAUCUGCUAAGGCUGUCUCACACCAAACCAGCUAAUGAAGCAAUUAUUUUGAUCAGCAAAUAUGUAACGAAAGGAUGGAAAGACGUCCAGGCUGCGUACGCAGACAAAGAGAACCCAGAGGAGGUCGUCAAAGUGCUUUCAUAUCUUGAAGUGGUGGAGAAGGUCAAGCACAGUUGUGAUGAAACAGAGGUCAUCAAUUUGAUAGAGGAACACAAACUGGAGAGGGAGCAGCUGCUGACAGACCACCUGAAGUCCAAACAGGUAUGGAGGGCUCUGUUGAAGGAAAUGCCUCUUCAGUCAGUGCUAAGGAUCUUGGGUAAGAUGACAUCAAACAAAAUUCUUGAACCAGGAGGCUCAGAAACACAAGCUGUGUGUGACAGAAUCCAGAACGAGACGGCUCUGAAGAAGGCAAUGAUCCACCCUUUCAGUAUACUCUUGGCUUCAGAGAACUACAAAAGAGGCCAGGGCUACCAGGGUAAAACAAAAUGGACACCAGACAGCAGCAUCCUCAAAGCAAUGGACACUGCCUUUUACACAAGUUUUAUGAAUUUGGAGCCUGUGGGUAAACGCUUUGUGGUGGCAGUAGAUGUGAGCACGUCACUGAGCAGCAUUGUCCCAGGGACAUCGAUCAGCACUGCUGUCGCUGCUGCUGCAGUUACCAUGUUUUUUGCAAGGACGGAGGCGGAUACACAAGUGCUGGCCUACUCUGAAGGAGCUGUGGUUCCAUGCACUGUGUCUGCUGACAUGACUCUGGCACAAGCAACUGUUGAACUGGUGAAGAUCCCAGGUGGAAGCACAGACUGCACUCUUCCUGUCAUGUGGGCCACAGAGAACGGAAAGUCUGUCGAUGUAUUUGUUAUUCUGACCAAUAACCCAUUGUGGACGUUUGCUGCCAGCCCAGUGGAGUCUCUAAAGAAGUACAGAGAAAAAUCAGGAGUUAAUUCCAAGUUGGUGAUGUGUGGGCUGACUUCCAUUGGACACGCCCUCGCCAAUACAGAUGACAGGGGUUUCCUGAGCAUCUGUGGAUUCGACCUUGGAGCUUUGAGUGUCAUUCGUAACCUAGCCCAGGAUCUGAUCUGAUGAAGUAUUGAGACUGUCUUGGAAUCAUGUGGUCAGAGUUAAAACAGAAGGCACAGAGUAGACCAGUGUGGCUCACUCAGCAUGUACAGUGCCCUAAAACAGCACUAAUCCAAAAGUGUUGAUAUUUACAAUUCCAAUUUCUCUUUUUAUAUAAUGACGCUUACAAGUCAACUGACAAAGUGUCCAGCAGGCUGGACAACACUCUGGAAAUGUAAUGUGCUUCUUUUUUUUUUUUUUGAAAUUUGAAAAAAAGGAUGGAAUAGGACAUGGUAUGUCAUUGCACAAUCAUGCUGAGUUAAGGUGCCAACAGCACUAUGUGUGACAGGCUGUGCAGUGGUGGUUCUUAUUUAGACACUAACCCAUUCAAUUAUAAAUUCCACUAAUUGAUAGCAAGCUGUUUGUAGAUUAAAUAAGAGGGAAGGUAUAAGAGUUAGGAUGUUAAUCGAAGUGCAAGCAUAGGUUUAUUUUAAGGUUUGUUACUGUAUUUUUCUGGUUUGUAUCUAUGGUAUGAUUCUUACAGAAUUGAUAUGAUGGUAUAGAGGAGUGUUCAAUUUGAAGACUUGUCCCUCUGUUGCAUUUAUACAGAUAUAAAUGAAUUGAAACAAAGCACCAAAAGUAAGCAGAAUACUGGAAUUCUUGUUGUUAAUUAUGGUCAAAAAUUUCAUAUAUUUGAUCAGAAGAUUUUUACGAAUAAAAUUUUAAUUAAUUUAAAAAAAAAAAGAAGAAUUCCAUUUCUCUUGCCUUUAGUUCAGCUAAAAACAUUUUGUUACUGUAUCAAUAUUUGUUUUCCCCUAAACCAGCUUUGGUUUUAAAACUGAGUUUUGGUUUUGUGUCUUGUUGAAUUCAUUCCAUUAAAAUAAUAUCCUAGGUGCUCUUAAAUGUCAUGAUACAUUUUUUGGGGAAUUACUCUGGUUAUUGUUUUCUCUUGUGAAACAAUGAUGCCAAUGUUUGGGACUGUAGGUCUACAUACUGUAAGGAGGAAGUGAACUUGUUCUCAUAUUUUAAGUCUGAAUCCUAUGCAUCACAAUUGGGAUUUAACUGUAUUCUUAUGUCCAGGCAGGACAAUUCAUAGCUAUUUAACAACUGUUUACUGAGACUGAAUCUACUAUCACAGUAUUGAUAUUGAUUGAUGUAUGAAUGUUCAUUAUGCAAAAAUUAAAUGAAUUGAAUGUAACAGUAGAGAUUUAAAGUACCACGCUUUAUAUUUCUGCAGACACACAAUGUACACACAAGUUACAGUGUUGUUGUUAGAGGCCUAGUCAUUGUGGUGAACUCCAAGCAAAUGACUGCAGUGGUGCUUGUUGUUUUAGUCAGCAGUAAUUGCUGUAGAUACUGACAGCAUUCACUAAUCAUGACACUAAUUUACUCUUGUCUCAUUCACACUUUAUGAAGAACAAACUCCUGACCAUUUUACUGUGAAGGAAAUUUUUGUCUGCACAUGCUGAUAACUGUCAUUUUCAAUGUUGAGACAAUGUCCACUGUCUUUUUGACCAAAUGUCAAAAUCCUAUAAAGCUGAAAUGUGUGUUAUCAUUAUUAAAUACAACAUUUGUAGCUGAAUGUCUGGUACAAGAGGUAGUUGAUAUGAAGUUUGGUUUCACCACUGUGGUUAACGUUUUGCCAUCCUGUUGUUUGUUCUAUCCAUUCAACAUAUAGGUAUUUGGCUGUAGUAGCAUUUUAAACCCCUAAUAAACAAUUUGCUGCUCA